GACUCCAUUUACUUUAUGGUACGACGCCUCCGAUAUCUACAGCAGCCCAUUGAUUACUUUCUUGAGCACCCUAAUAACAAGGAGUUACGAAGGCACAAACUCUCGACAACAGAGUGGCUUGUACUUCGUGAUUGCAAAGUUAUGCUGAUGGUUCCUCAUAUCGCACUUCAGUCCAUGUCAUCAGAACGAUUGCCAGUCUUAUGUGGCACUAUCAUCAUCUUCAAACAAUUCAUUGCGAAGUGGAAGUCUCUUCAGAAUAGCCAACCCCGUCUG